AUGUUCAAGUUUUUGGUUCUCUGCCUUCUCUUUUCAAUUUUUUCGCUCACUACAACGGCUCACAAUUUCGCUUUUGACUCUGAAAGCUUAUGGAAAUCGUGUACAACAAAUGCUGACUGUGGCGUAAACGAAUAUUGUUGUUUCCCGGAUGGAAUUGGCAAUUCAAAAAGGGCGAUUUGUGUCUAUGUUGGCAGCUACUGUAGCAAA